CCCAGAGCGCAGCAGGGCGGGGUUAGGGGGAGCAGUCGGUAGCAGCACCUGCCCCUCGUACGGCCGGAGCGAGAAGUGCCAGCCUCUCUGCACAGAGCAGCAGCGUUCAGCCUGGGCCAGACGUGCUGCGGUGAUGGCUGCCCGGUGCCCUCGUCUCCUGCUCCUCGCCGGCCUGCUGGCCCUGUCAGCCCCAGUUCUCACCCUGGAAAUACACAACCUGAACAUCUUAAAGGGACCCACCCAUGCAAUCAGGAACUUCCACCCAAAGCACCUGAAGGCAGAUCAGGGGAAAGGGAGCUUCCGGCGCAGCAGAGCCAGUGACAUGCGGGUAGCCCAGGCCUGGCCCAAGGACUGCAGCGAGAUAACCUGGAACAGGGUCAGUGGCGUCUUCGUCAUCCAACCCACAGGACUCCACCAAUUCGAGGUCUACUGUGAGCUGAACAGCACCAGCGAGGGCUGGACGGUCCUCCAGCGGAACCGGCACGACACACAGAUCACCUGGGCUGAGUCCUGGAGCACCUACAAGUAUGGCUUUGGCAAUGUGCACGAUGACUACUGGCUGGGGACGGAGUACAUCUAUCGGAUCGCCAAGCAGAAGGUCUACCAGGUCAGGUUUGUCAUCCACGAUUCAUCCGGCACCAUGAAAUACGCAGACUACAACCUCUUCGGUCUGGAAGACGAGUCCAAAGGCUACAGGCUGAGGCUGGGCUCUUACACUGGGACUGCAGGGGACGCCAUGACUUCAAACAAUCCUACCACCGUGCAUGACAACAUGAAGUUCUCCACUAAAGACCUGGAUCAGGACACUUCCAGUGGGAACUGUGCGUCUAGCUCUGGUGGGGGCUGGUGGUACUCGGCUUGUUAUUCUGUUCGACUGAACGUCAAAGGGAGCAUCACUUGGGGUAGUUUCUGUAGUGGGAACUGCCAAGCCUCCGCCAUCCUCAUCAAACCAGCGUCCUACUGUUAGUCACCCCUUCCCCACCCUCCUGUCUGCAGUGAGGCCAACCCCUGCUCCACGAAGGGAGGGAAAAUGGUCAGAGUAUGGGGGGAGGGAUAGCUCAGUGGUUUGAGCAGUGGCCUGCUAAACCCAGGUUUGUGAGUUCAAUCCUUGAGGGGGCUACUUAGGGAUCUGGGGCAAAAUCAGUACUUGGUCCUGCUAGUGAAGGCAGGGGGCUGGACUCGAUGACCUUUCAAGGUCCCUUCCAGUUCUAGGAGAUGGGAUAUCUCCAUUAAUUUAAUUUAAUUUAAUUUAAUAUGUCAUGGCCAAACCUCCCACCCGCUCUCACAGGCCUUGCUGGGGGAAGUAUCAGGGUUACCCAGGAAACGGAGCCACUUUCCUUCUCCUCUCCCUCCCUGCAGACUUUCCAAGCUUUUCUCCACUGGGCCUUUCUGCUCUGGGCUGACUCCCGUGCACCAGCGUUCGGCUGGAGUGACUCUUCCGCGUCAUUUUAGCUCGGCGAUGUGAUGAGCAGGCCUAGAGGUCACUGGAAAGGUGAAAUCCCAAGCAUGGCGGGAGCUUCUCAAACACCCUCUGCACGGCCCUGCCUGGGGAUCCAGGCUUUGGAAUAAACACACACUUCUAAGCA